AUGAGAUACAAGGACAACCCAGAAAACACCUUUGAAAAGAGAAAGGCCGAAGCCAGCAGAAUAAGACAACGAUAUUCUGAUCGUAUCCCAGUGAUUUGUGAGAAGGCCGAGAAAUCAAACUUCCCUGAUAUUGAUAAGAACAAGUACUUGGUGCCUGCCGAUCUCACCGUUGCUCAAUUUGUUUACAUUAUUCGUAAGAGAAUCAAGAUUGAUUCAACAACGAACAUUUUUAUUUUCGUGAAUAACGUUUUACCUCCUAGUGCUGCUCUGAUGAGUCAAUUGUAUGAAGAACAACGUGAUGAUGAUGGAUUUUUAUAUGUUACUUACAGCGGAGAGAAUACAUUCGGACAAGAUCAAUAA